GUGCUGUUUGAGGGGGGCGGGGGGUGGAGGAAGCGGAAAGCCGCCGAGUCGCCGGGGACCUCCGGGGUGAACCAUGUUGAGUCCUGCCAACGGGGAGCAGAUCCACCUGGUGAACUAUGUGGAGGAUUACCUGGACUCCAUCGAGUCACUGCCUUUCGACCUGCAGAGGAACGUCUCGCUGAUGCGGGAGAUCGACGCCAAAUACCAAGAGAUCCUGAAAGAACUGGAUGACUGCUACGAGAAGUUCAAGCGCGAGACGGACGGCACACAGAAGAGGCGGGUGCUGCACUGCAUCCAGAGGGCCCUGAUCCGCAGCCAGGAGCUGGGCGAUGAAAAGAUCCAGAUCGUGAGUCAGAUGGUGGAGCUGGUGGAGAACCGCACCAGGCAGGUGGACAGUCACGUGGAGCUCUUCGAGGCACACCAGGACAUCGGUGACAGCACUGGCAGCAGCGGCAAGGCCGGCCAGGACAAGUCAAAGAGUGAGACGAUCACUCAGGCGGACAAGCCCAACAACAAGCGGUCCCGGAGGCAGCGAAACAACGAGAACCGAGAGAACGCGUCUAAUAAUCACGACCACGACGACAUCACCUCAGGAACACCCAAGGAGAAGAAAGCAAAAACCUCAAAGAAGAAGAAACGCUCCAAGGCCAAAGCAGAGAGGGAAGCCUCUCCCGCAGACCUUCCCAUCGACCCCAACGAGCCCACGUACUGUCUGUGCAAUCAGGUCUCCUAUGGAGAGAUGAUCGGCUGUGACAACGAUGAGUGUCCCAUCGAGUGGUUCCACUUUUCUUGUGUGGGGCUCAACCAUAAACCAAAGGGCAAGUGGUACUGCCCCAAAUGUCGGGGGGAGAACGAGAAAACAAUGGACAAAGCCCUGGAAAAGUCCAAGAAAGAGAGGGCUUACAACAGGUAGUGUGUGGACGUGCACACGGGCAGGAGAACAAAACCCAAGUCCCAGGACGGGCAGAUGAGUAUUUUUAGAGACUGGUAGAGAUGGAUCCUCUCCUCGGGAUGGCAGGAACAGCCUGUGUCUUCAUGGUGUACCUGUAACCAGACUGGGUCUGCAGAUCAGCGUUUUAGAAACUACAAAUAUAGGUUCGAAUUAAACAUGUCAGCAAGUGUCAGACUGGUUUUUGGGGUUGGGGAGUGACUUGGAAGUAACCUAACAGAUGUAUAAAGAAGAGAUUUAAUUUGGCUGUUUCCACAAAAAAAGUUAUGGUUUACAAAAAAAAAAAAAUUAGCCAGGUUGCUGAAGUACAGCAAGUGUGCUUCUCGCUGCCAUAAUGUAUAUCCACAUGACAAGUUGGUCAAAGGUUUAAAGUCUAAAUAUUAUUUUUUAAAAAGGUUAAUGGGUAAAUUUUACAUGACAUAUUUUAUACAUGGCCUCUUCCCCAACUGGCCAUUUUUAAUGACUGGGUACAUUUUUAAUAGGUCAGAUACAAGUGGUCCAGGCAGUGGGUCCAAGUCUUGCCUCUGCUACCCUAGGUCAUGUGUGGCCACCUUUAACUUAUGAAGUGUAUAAAUGUACAUUUUCCAGCCACCUUGCCCUGCUGUAUUAUAACCGGAAGUGCAGCCUGGUGCUGUUGUGAAGCCAAGGUGUGCGUCCUGCUGCGUGUGUGAGCUGUAUAGAUGUUGCGUCAAGAAAUAAAUGAAACUUGGCCAGUUUGUUUCUUUAGCAUUUAAUUUUAACAUACAAAUCAUUUUAAAUUUUUUGUCUUAAAAAUUUAUACACCAGCAGUUUAGACAAAGCCUUAAGCAAAUUGUAUAUUAUUGAUCUCACGUAAUAAGGAAGUAGACAUUAUGUCUAUGCCAGCAAAUAAAUGUCAAAAAAUACUUAGAGCAGAGGGUAGAAAGUGACUGUGUAUUUGAGAUCCAGCCCCACCGUUCGUUUUGUGUGGCCUGUGAGCUAAGAAUGGUCUCUGUGUUUCUAAGUGGUUUUAAAAAUCACAUUUCAUGCUACAUGAAAGUCCUAUGAAAUUCAGAUUGGAGUGUCCAUAAAUAAAGACUCAUUGGAACACA